ACCACAGCCACACAGCGAAAACACAACAUAACACAUGUCUUCCUGGAUGAGAAAGGACCAGUUCGUUCGCAGUCUGACUGUGCCCGAAGAAGAUUGCGGGAUAUGCCUGCAGCCGUACGAGAUCGUAUCAGACGGCCAUUUUCCUGUCAGACUCCCAUGCGGACACUGGUUUGGAAGGCGAUGCAUCAUUUCGUCUAUCGAAAGAUCUACCCGGUCUGAUGCAUGCCCGCAAUGCCGGCGGGCAAUGUAUAGCAAUCAAACACCCCAGAUGCAAGAGCAUGGCAAUCAUCUGCCCGGGUUGCGAGAGCCUAGCAAUGGCCUGCCCCGGCUGCUAGAGCCUGACAGUUAUCCGUCCCGGCUGCAAGAGCUUGUUAAUGUUCGAGCCGUGCGAACUUUGGAAGACAGUCCCUGGUCAUUCUUCGCCCCGUAUAGGGCAGAGGCCAACGACCUAUGGUACAACAUUUGCACAACAGAGCCCGAUAACGCAGUCUUAAUUAUACAGAUGUUAUGGCGCUUGGUCGCCUCCAACCCUCCCAGCACUUCUCGCUACCCCCCAAUUCGAUUACACCAACCCAUCAUUGAAGGGCUGUCAGAAUUAUCGAAUCGCAAUUCAGCCCUUGUGAGAGCCAUGAUUGACUGCCUGGGCCACCAUGACUCCAUACUACGCAGAUCUGCGACACCCACACAUGCUUUUUGGAAGACCCUAUCUAUGUUGUUAAGCCAUGGGGAUAAAUUCUAUUCGCAUGAACUCCCUGCAACAGCUGCUGUAUUGUGGGUCAAAGUGGCGCGAAUGUGGCGGCUUCAUCCCGAUGAAGAUUUCGAGGAAUCUAUUGACUACAUUCAUUUCGUAGCGGUGAAUGCAGCCAUGAUAUCAUGUGCACAUAUACGUGACCCUAGCCUGCUCACCGCGGAUCCUCUUGAGGCUAUACCAUACUGGACCGAUUCUAGUUGUCCCAGUUCAACCAACCGAAUACGCGAGAGAUACAACCUGAAGAGUCGUACAAAGCAUCAAAUGGUUCGACAAGAGAUCAAGCAACUCCAGACGCAUUCGGCCACACCGGAGAUUCCAGUCUUUAUUGGGCUACCCCAAGAGGCAGGGGAGGUCGAGCGUAUCUUCAGGAUGCCGAAUUCAACAAAUCAUUGGGAAACAAAUCAUUGGGAAACAAUUCGAAAUGAAUUACUAGCGAGGAGGCCCCGAGGACAAUGAGCUCUUUUCGAGCACCGGAGUAUCGAUUGCAAUUAUUGAUACUAGUUCGGUUAAGUUCUCCAUCGUCUAUGGAUGAAGGUCCCGAUUACAAUCCCCCAUAGGAAUCAAGAUAGCUUUCAUUAUGCGAAGGAUCAUAAAUGAAAUUAAUGGCUAUAGACUCUCGUCGAUCCUGCGCGG